AUGGUGCUCGGCGGUCCUUUUAUACUAGUGUUGCGCAGUGAUGCAGUGAUUGAUUGAUCACUUCCAUUGAUGUAUGUUGACAGGAGUUCGGCGAACGGGGUCUUGUGAUUGUGCUGUAUGAUUGACGAUAGCACGGGUUUGUGGACUUUGGAAUGUACUGUAUUUUUUAGCGUGCAUCUCACGUGCAUUACGUGGGUGACUGGCUGGGGUCUCGUUUAUCGAAUAUUACAAUAUCCGCGGGCUAGAGAAAUCGCGUCUCGCGAUUCAUUUGAUAGCUGUAUUAGUCGAAGAUAGUCUUUUUGGUUAUUUGUGUGUAGAUUGGCGAAGUUGUUGGAGGAGAACAACUAUUGGAGACCAAUCUCUGGGUGGAAACGGAGGUACAAAAUGAUAAGUGCGGCAGUCUACCAAUUUGUCCAGCACCAAGCCAAUGUAUGAGACCGGCGGCGUAAGUUUGUUUUUCCCAAAUUUUGUAUGACCUUGUUACAGGUAUCUGGAGCCUUCUCAAUGUAUUCAUCCUUCAUGGAAUAUGCAGAUUGAUUUGCUGAGCGAGAAAUUCAAGGUUUUCGUCUGA